AUAAUACAGUACUCUAAAUUUAAUUUAUUUAUCAAUAUUUUUAUUUGAUUUUUUAUUCUAUUUCAGCACCGAUUCCCAGUGAUACAACAACACUGCCACCAGGCUCUUCACAACAAGCACCGACUCCCAGUGACAUAGGAAUCCCGGCACCAGAUAAAAAUCUUGGUUACCUAGAAAAUGAGCACCUGCUUAAAUUUGCCAGCUGCAUGGGACCGCAAUGGAAACAAGUGGGCGUCAGACUGGGUCUCAGUUGGAACAGGAUCCAGCAAAUACAUAGCGACUUUAACCUAUCACAAGACCACAUCACGAGUAUGCUUAUAGAAUGGAGGGAACAACAGAACUACGAGACAAAUCAAGUUGAAAUAAUGUACAGGGUUUUGAGAGAGCAAGGACUUGCAGAGCCUGCUAACACGGCCUUUGGAUCUCAGUUAAUAUCAGUGGAUCAACCAUUCCUUGUAGAAGCAGGUGAAGGACAUGCUAGAAAAUUAGAUCGAAGACACAAAGAACAAGAUGGAAAAUGUUUUGACGAUCAAGAUUUGCUAUUCAUCUGUGACCAACUGGAGCCUGGUUCAUGGAAGAGACUAGGAGUGCGUCUUGGACUUAAGUGGACUGAUACCAACAAGAUAGCAAUCAACAACAAACAGGUGAAAGACUGCGUCAUGGAAUUGUUGGUUACUUGGAGGGAUAGCCAAUCAACAAAGCAAGUACCAGUCAUGGUGAACGCUUUGAGACAACAGAACUUUAGUGAACUUGCAAGAAAUGUAUGUAAAAGGCUUGGCUACAGUGACGAGUUAGAAGAUGCAUCAACUCAGAUAAAUCUGCCUCACAUUUCAACACCUGUGCAAGGAAAUUGUUUUAAUGAUCAAGACUUGCUAUUCAUCUGCGACCAACUGGAUCCUGGUUCAUGGAGGAGACUAGGAGUGCGUCUUGGACUUAAGUGGACUGAUACCAACAAGAUAGCAAACAACAACAGUUUGGUGAAAGACCGCAUCAUGGAAUUGCUGGUUAGUUGGAGGGAUGACCACUCAGCAAACCAAGUACCAACCAUGGUGAACGCUUUGAGACAACAGAAGCUUCUUAAACUAGUACGACGUGUAUGUGAAAGGCAUGGCUACAGGGAUGUGUCUGAAGUUGCAGCAACUCAGAUAAAUGCAACAAAGCAAAGACACAUGCACGGUUGCUUGCAUGACAUUGACAUGGUGGUUAUCUCAGAGAGUCUUGACAACGACUGGAAGGAGUUUGGGAUUUACUUAGGUUUGCAAAGAUCUGAAAUAAAUCGAAUUGAAUUAGAUUUUUCACCACCAAUUGUAGACGCCCGUAUCGAAAUGUUGGUACAGUGGCGAGAAAGACAGGAAGCUGAAGUAAGGCAUCUCAAAACAAUUAGCGAUGCACUGAUCAAAAUUAAACGAAUGGAUAUCAAGGACAAACUAUUAUUAACUAUACUUGAUCGCCUUCCAGUAUCAACGAUCUAG